AUGAAUUCUAACUAAGAAUUGGUUCAAAUGUUAAAAGAUCUUCAAAUUUAUAAUUCCAUUGAUAACAACUUUAAUCCUGAUCAUAGUUAGUUGGUUAUGAUAUAUGAAAAAGUAUAAGGUCUAUUUUCAUGUUAGUUUUGUGAUUUAAUCAAUUUCGAUGAUAAUUUCACUUUAGAAAAUUCGACAUUAUAACUCUUUUAUAGAUGCAAAUUAAUGUGUAAGACUGUUGGAGUAGCGGAUUUUUAGAUGAUGGAUUUAACAGAUCCUGAUUAAAAAAGAAUGAAACACAUUCUUACACUGUUAUGCAAAUAUAGCAUAUGGAAAAGAGAAUAAAGUUAAAAAUGGGAAAAAAGAGACAAAGAAAUUGUAAUUCAAUCAAUAUCAUAGGAAUUAGGUUUAACUUGAGGAUUUCGAUUUAUAAAACACUCGAAAAUAAAAAAGUGAACUUGAAGAUUUGAUAUAAAUGAAAUAUAAGGAUAUGGAUUUAAAACAUAAGAAAUUUGAGUAGUAUAAAUCAAUGAAACACAAGGCUGAGUCAGAGUUAUUAGCUAAAAGAAACUUAAAUUUAAAAUUACAAAAUUCUAUUUCAUAAAAUUAAAAUGAAUUGAAGGAUGCAGAAAAAAAGUUUAAGAAUUUGAUUGAGAAAUUGUAGGUGGCUCAAAAUGAAUUGACAAUAUUGGAAAGGCAAUUAUAUUAAUAAUAUUUCUAGUAUGGUUGUUAAAGAUCCAAAGAAUUUAGAGAAGAAAGUAAAUGACAGUUUAAGAAGAGUAGAAGCUUUGUAAAUUGAAGUUGAUAAAUGUCAGAAGGAAUUAUCAAUUGAAUCAUUCAAAAUUGGGAAGAUAUAUAAAUAAUUAUACUUAGAUUAUGAUAUUUUUCUGAGAGUGCUUGAAUAAAUAAAAGAAUCAGAAAAGGCUUUAAUUUAGGAAGAUAAAAAUUUUGAAAAAUCAAAUGAUUAAAUAUUUACAGCCUCCAAUAAAAUACUACAGGAAAAUUUAGCCUUGUAAAAAUUACAGUAAAAUAAAGAGCAGCUAUAGUCAUAGAAAUUAUCAGAAUCUGAGAAAAACAACUCAUCAAAUUAAUAUAGUCUACAAUCCUUGAUAGAUUUGCAAAACAAAUUAUAAGAUUUAUAAAUGGAAGUAAAGAAAGAAUAAUAGGACUAUCUAUUAAUACAAUAAAUGAAACAAGAACAAUUGAAAAUUACAUCAGAAAAUGAUCAAAUAAAAACUUUGAUUGAAGCAAACUUAAAAUAAGUGGUGACUCAAUAAAAUAAAGAAAUCGAAUAAUAUACGAAAAACAUUGAAAUCUUAUUAAAUAAAAUAGAAUUUGAAUGA